GGCUUCUCGCUAGCUCUGUCUCUUGUGGCCGCUUUGCAUGCUUUCGGAAUUUGAAAUUGCAUCGGGCGACUGCCACACCGUCUCAAGGUCACGGUGUCCGACGAUACGAUACUGGGAAACAAACGCUGUCCUAAUCAGGGGAUUCCGGUCUCCCCUCUUUACAGGAUCAUACACCUGGUUCCUACCUGGUAUUCGGCCAAGACAAGGCACGUUGGAUGAAUAUCAAUACAGUUCUACCGCCAUGUGCUCGGCAGGAUGGGAACUCAAUCGCCAGGUGGACCCCUGAACGAUUCCCUCUCCUCCUUGUGCUGGACUCUCAGCUGGACAUACAGGAUUCCAUUCUGAUUAUCCCAUUUGGCGCCAAGAACCAAGUUGCCGAGGAUACAUUCGUACCCCUGGACGGAGACAACGCACUACGAAGUGGUGCCUUGUUGUCGAUGCACGGAAAGAUCAGCGAGAGAUGUACGCUGUCAACCGCAUGAAGCAGAACUGUGCUGGGUGGAAGAUCCCGAGAGAAUGGAGAUGUUAUGCAUCUGAACUUGAUCUUCAAGGCGUAGCGUUAGUAAUUAGGGGAGAAGACCAAGCCAAAUCAAGUUUUUGCACCCUGCGCUUUCCAGUUUAGUUCCUUCAGCUUCCAGUAUUCAUCAAGCACAAGGACCACGAACAGCACAAUUCAACUCAUUCAACUAAACAUGUCAUAUGGUAUCUAUGCUGAAGACUGAGACUGGCGCCAUCAGAUCAAACAGUGGUUCUGGAGGUCGUAAAGGAGCAGGAUGGUGACACCUGCCGAGUCUUCUCCCACCGAAGUAUCAGAGGGAUACAUACUCGUCUUCCGAUGGAGUAUAGCGCCCUCACCUGUCCUGGUGGGUCUGGGGUGGGUGGGGGUAGUCCUCUUCGGGAGAUCAGGGAAAGGGGCGGAAGCUCGGCAGGAUGUUUAUGAUGUGUCAGGCACACGUUCUGCACCAGUUGGUGCGCAAUCCUAGCAUCAUCGAAGUGCCACGGAAAGCCCACAUGCUCCGUCCGUAAAUGGCCACCCACGGCUGCCGGCUUGAGAACAUCAAGAAUCACCGAGUUGCUUUGCGGCACGGGUGGUCAUACGCACGGCCUGCAUCGCCGGAAGUUUCCUAUCUACCCAAAGGAGGAAAAUCGAAAUUCAGGGUAAAACCUAAAAAGGGACCUGGAGAGGUUCACUCCGGGGUCCUUAGGGUCAUCCGUCUUCCGGAAGCAAAACUGAAUCUCGAUUGAGACGAUGGACGAUCAAGUGCCUGUCGGGUGUUCGGGACAAACUGAGAUACCAGAAUAAUGUUACCAAGAUCGGUCUUGUCGUCAGGGUCAGCAACAUCCCUUGGCACCGGACACUGGGGAGGUAUAAAUCCAGCCAAGUCUUCAGUCCUUGUACCAUCUACCAGCUCGGCUACUCACGAACUUGAACGAUCAACAUGUUCUCCCCUGCUGCUUUCCUCCUCCUGGGCGCUGUUCCCGCACUUGCGCACUUCCAUCUCAACUAUCCUCCCCCUCGUGGUCCUUUCGUAGCACAAAACGAGCUCUCGUUCUGCUCGAGCUACCCCUUGGGCCCCCGUGCGCCGUUCUCGAUCGAUCAAGGCAUAGUGGACAUAACGAGUUCCCACCCCUCAGCCUCAGUCGAGAUCGUGAUCAGCUUCGACCAGAACCCAACCACGUUCGCACAGUUCAACGCUACGGACAACGGGACUGCCUAUGCACCGUUAUUACCCACAUUCGCGAUGACCUACCAGGGCGAGCUGUGCGUGCCUGUCGACGCUGCUACCGUCGGCGUGCCCGUUGUGAACGGGACGAACGCGACUAUCCAGGUGUACUUCAACGGCGGUGAUGGGCUGUUAUAUGACUGUGCCGACGUCGUCCUCAUCUCAAACUACACCCUGCCAAGCAACACAACCUGCAAGAACAGCACCGUCACCCCCGCUCCGUCCAACAGCACCAACAGCACCACCAGCGGCUCGGGGGGGACGAGCGCCGCUGUCCCGCUGAAACCUGUCGCUGGGCUGGGCCUGGCGCUCUUGGCCGCGGUGGGGCUUGCUUUGGGGCUGAGUGUGUGACUUGCCUGGCGGGAGAUGAGGUCUGACCUGGGGAGAGGGGAGGAGCUUUCGAGGGGGGAGAAGGAAAAGAGUACAGAUUAGUUCUGGUUACGUAGGGUUAUUGUGAAUACCUGAUUGUUAAGGUUUGGCCUCUUUGAAUGUGGGAGUCUACCCUUGGUGUAUCUCAAUGCUAUGGACACGUGA